AGAGCCAAUUUUUAACAUAAACAAAGCUUCAACUUGCUCAAAUUGUUCCUACUUUGAACCUCCAUUUAAAAUCAGAUGUUUUAUAAUCUUAGUUAGAGAAAAAAUAUUUUUUUUUAAAUCUUAAGUUGGAUUUUCACCAAUCUCUUUUUCUUCCCAGAGCAUUGCUUGCAUUAAAAAAAAUGAGGGUAAAGAGAAAAUGUGAAUUAUGUAGCAAUCUUGCUACAAUAUUUUGUGAAUCAGAUCAAGCAAUUUUGUGCUAUGAAUGUGAUUCCAAAGUCCAUGGUGCUAAUUUUCUUGUUGCUAAACAUUUAAGGACUCUUUUAUGUCAUGUUUGUCAAUCUCCUACUCUGUGGUCGGGUUCCGGGCCUAAGUUCGGGCCUACUUUCUCGGUUUGUCCUACAUGUCUUGGGUCUAAAGAGGGUGUUACAAGGCAGCUUCAUAGAGAUGUGAAUGAUGGUGGUAGUUGUGUUGAAGAUGGAGAUCUUGGUGAUGAUGAUGAUGAUGAUGGUGAUGAUGCUAUUGAAGAAGAUGAGGAUCAUGAUGAUGGUGAUUAUAAUGAUGAUGAUGAUGAUGAUGAUGAUGAUGAUGAUGGCGAUGAUGGUGAAAAUCAAGUUGUUCCAUGGUAACAGUGUCACAUCCAAGUAAAAAUGUAUAGAAUUAGGUGAGAAAAAUAUGUUUUUUAUUUUUUUAAUUUGUGGUACACUUGAGAAUUUCUUCAAUUAUGGGGAUUGGAAAAGGAAAUUUUGUGUAUGUAAGUAGUGAUAUUUAAACUUCUAAAUAUACAAUAUCUCAAUUAUGAUUAAGGUAACAGUUAUAUAUGAUUAUUACUUAUUAU